UUUAUGCCGCUUAGUCAAUAUGGGUAAUUUUGUAUGGGAAAAGCAUGGAUGUGACGAUUCGAGGAUUUUUUCGUAAAUCUUUAUAAGGCUAAUAUGUGCACAUUUUGACUAUUUGGGUAUGAUACUGUACCAAUUUGAUUUGUGAAAAGCAUCUCAGUAAUUGAUUUUUUAUUUUUUGGAUUUUUUCGUAAAUCAUUAAUAAGGCUAAUAUGUGCACAUUUUGACUGUUUGGGUAUGAUCCUGUACCAAUUUGAUUUGAGAAAAGCAUCUCAGUAAUUGAUUUUUAAUUUUUUGGAUUUUUUCGUAAAUCUUUAAUAAGUCUAAUAUGUGCACAUUUUGACUGUUUGGGUAUGAUCCUGUACCAAUUUGAUUUGAGAAUAGCAUCUUAGUAAUUGUUAUUUUUCUUGCCUUACAUGGUUGACAAACAUCCCCUCACACGUUAACUAUGGUAAAUUUAGAUACCUCUUCUUGAUUUCAUUUAAUAAGUAGGAAGGAUCUCUUUUUACUUGUUCUAUUCAUGGAAAUUUCAAAUGUUAUAAUAGGGUAUUAUUUAUUUAUGGAAACUAUAGCAUGAUUGGUGGAACAGAUUGAUUUACCCCAUCCAUUGAACGGAACAAUCCCCUUAAUUGAUUCAUUAUAUGUUAUUCUUCUUCCAUUAAAUAUUAUUCUUCCUUCAUUAUUUAGGAUUGUGGACGACCCUCCUCACUAUAUAAACUCACCAUUCUCUUUCUCUAAGAGGACAAACUUCUCCUCCGCUAUUACUCCCUCUAUUUUCUCUUAAAAGUACUUUGUAGUUCUUUGGAACUUUGGAUUUCGAAAAACAUUCGGCCUUGUCCUUGUGCAAUUGCUUUGGGUUCUAUUAUUAUUGUUUGGUGCCUAAUCGGUUAGUCUCUAUCGACGCGUUCUUUUCUUAUUCUGUAGCAUUUGUGAUAGCAAAGCAUAGAAAACAUGUCUAUAGGAACUAAUUUAAAAUAAUUAUGAUUUUGCUUUUUUCACUAUCAUAAAGAAGAUUAAAAAAAGAAAAGAAUAGCUUACUAGGGUGUACUAUAACCAGUUCUAGCUGUUUUCUUGAACAGUAGCAUAUUUGGUGCACGUUGAAGACAUUCUGGGUAUUGCUGUUUGUAUUUUCUUGUUUUGUGUUUGCUUUGUUUGACUGUGGAUUCUUGUGAAAGUUUCGUCAUAAUUGAACACAGCUCAAGGUUUUACUUUUCAUAGCUAUUUUCUACUUUCUCUCUGAUAUUUUGUUGGUUUUUUGCUUUGUUUCUUGCAUGAAAAUGUAAGUUCUUUUUCCCCAUUUUCUUUUUUUGGGCCAAGGAGGGUGAGUGAUGUGGUGGGCAGAGGGGCCAGUGGGGGGUCUUUUGUUUAAUUCUUUCCAAAUUGAUGUGAAGAUAAUGUUUGAUAGAAUCUUAUUGGGAAGACAAAGUGUGUGAAUCACAUUCAGUAGAGUGGGACAAAAGGUGAAGAAAUUUAAGAGACGAUUUUGAAGGAUGAAUGAUAGCUCAGCUAGAGAAAUGAAUGAGAAACAACCUCAAAGGCCUUCUGGUUGUGUGGGCAUUUUCUUUCAGCUCUUUGAUCAGAACCGUAGAUUUGCCAAGAAGCUGUUUUCAAAGAAACUGCUUUCACCAGCUUGCUUGAAACAAGCUUCAAAAAAGUUUGGAGGGGAUGAGAAGCAGCCAAAGCUUCAUUUGAUUGCUGAUGAGAACAGUGGGGGUUUUCCAAAUUCAAAGAAUAAUGGAAUGACUGAUACACGUUGUGAAAGCAAACGCGAAAUGAAAGCUCCAUGUUUUGUUGCUAGGCUCAUGGGUUUGGAAUCGAUGCCAGCAGGAUCAGGAAGUAAGCCACAAAAGGCUUCAGCUUCCGAAACUUGGAGCAAUCUAGCAGACAAACUUGGUGCUCGACCUGGCGGAUCUGAUAAAGAAGAUAUGGAUUUUGAGAUGGCCGAAAUAAAGAGUUCAAAACUAGGUUUGCAAAGGUUUAGAGCUAAAUGUGCUCUCACUUAUCUACUACAUAUUUUUCUCCUUUGGAUGAUGAAGCAGAUUUAGUUGGGAAUUCACUUGAUCACCAUUCAACUGAUAGCUACCUCUCCAGCUGUCCCAAUAGUA